CCCCAGCCUGGCGGGGAAGGCUGGAGAGGGGCGGGGACUGGGGGGCGACAGCCUUUUGGCUCCGCCCCUCAGGCCAGGCGAGCUGAUAUUAGCCCCCGAGCCAAUUCCUCGCUCUCUCCUGCGAGCGAGCGGCAGGUGCAGCGGCAGCCGCGGCGAUGGGCAACAGGGUCACCCGCGGGGAUUUCGAGUGGGUUUACACCGAGCAGCCCCACACGCAGCGCAGGAAAGAGAUUUUAGCCUCACAACUUCACUCACAGGUACAUCUUCGAAAAGGUGCAAAGUACCCAGCCAUCAAGUCUCUGAUGGGACCCAAUCCCUAUUUAAAAUGGAUUGUGACAGGAAUGGUUUUCACCCAGCUUCUGGCCUGCUAUCUGGUGAGAAACCUUUCCUGGAAGUGGGUGUUCUUCUGGGCCUAUGGUUUUGGGGGCUGCAUCAACCACUCCAUGACACUAGCGAUCCAUGACAUCUCUCACAACGUUGCCUUUGGCAACAAGCAAGCCAAGUGGAAUCGGUGGUUUGCAGUCUUUGCCAACUUGCCCAUUGGACUUCCCUACUCCGCCUCCUUCAAGAAGUAUCACAUCGACCACCAUCGUUAUCUUGGUGGACACACUUUGGAUGUGGACAUCCCCACUGACUUUGAGGGCUGGUUCUUCUGUACUCCCUUUCGGAAGCUGAUCUGGCUGAUCUUCCAGCCCCUUCUUUAUGGCCUGAGACCGUUGUAUGUCAACCCCAAAACCAUUACCGAGAUGGAAAUAUUCAAUGCAUUGGCCCAGUUCUCUGUCGACUUGAUGAUCUACUACCUGUGGGGUUUGAAGCCUGUUGUUUAUUUAAUUGCGGGAACGCUGCUUAGCAUGGGUUUGCAUCCUAUUUCUGGGCACUUCAUAGCAGAACAUUAUAUGUUCAUGAAAGGAUAUGAAACUUAUUCGUACUAUGGACCCCUCAACUGGCUCACCUUUAACGUUGGUUAUCAUAUGGAGCACCACGAUUUCCCCAGCAUUCCGGGAUGUAAGCUGCCAAUGGUGAAGAAGAUAGCAGCAGAAUAUUAUGACACCCUACCUCAGCACCAGUCUUGGGUUCGAGUUCUCUGGGACUUCAUUUUUGAUGACUCCAUUGGCCCUUAUUCAAGGGUUAAGAGAAUAUGCAAGCUAGCAUCAAAAUCGCAAUAGACUCUUAUCUUUUCUUUUUAUAAGCUUAAUGGACCUUAGUCUCCUGUAUACCUCUCCCAUCCAAACACAAACACACACACACAAAGUAUAUCCUAUGAACAGAGCUUGUCAGAUGGGGAUUGAAGAGCUGAUGUAAUAUUUCUGCUCUCAAAAGGAUUUUCUCUAAUCCAGAUGUAAAGAAAUAUUAUAAUGAAGCCAUUUGGAAAACACUAAAUUUUAUACUAUUUUUUAAAUAUAAAAAUACGAGCUUUUUCUUUUUCUUAUCUACUAUGCAACUGAACAGGCUUUCCUCCAACUGAUGUCCUCCAGAUAUUUUGGACUACAAUGCUCAUCAGCCCCAGCCAGUUUGGUCAUUGAUCAGGGAUGAUGGGGUCUGUAGACCAACAGCAUCCAGAAGGCAUCAUAUUAGGGAAGGCAACCGUUGAAAGAUGUGUGUCUCACAGCUGAGGGCUAGUUUGCGGAGGGUGGAUCCUGAUCUUGCAAGAAAGGGUAACCCCAAAUGAAGAAGAGAUGGGACCAUCCUAUACGAAAAGGCUCAAGAGUCUGGAGAUAUUUUUUAGUUUAGGGGAAAAGAGGAUUAAUGUAGUAAGGGAGAAACAUGACAGAGGGUUAUAACAUUGUGAAUUACAUGGAAACUGCAAAAAAAAUGGUUUUCUCUUUCCAGUAAUAAAAAAACAUCCAGUGACACUGCUUGGCAAUAAAUUCAGAACCAACAAAUGAAGCCUUCCCCAACCUGGUGCCCUCCAGAUGAUUUGGACUAACUCGCCCAUCAGCCCCAGCCAACGGAAGGGGUGGUUUUAACUGUAGUCCAAAACAUCUGGAGGUCACCAGUUAGGAGAGAGCUCAUCACGAGAAGUUAUGGUGAUGGGCAAUAGCUCUGAGAGCUGUUGGACAUUCAUGGAGAAAAGGUUUCUCUCCAUGUGAUACUUGAACAGAACUUCUGAGUUUACAGGGGUCCUUGCCACUGUGGAUGCAUGUUUGGAAGUGCAUUAGCAUUGCAAUGCACACAUCUUGGCUGUACCAUCUGGCUAGAUGUGACCUCUGAUGUCUCCUUGUCUUAUUUAAUAGUUGUGCUUUGUGACUUACAAUUCAAUCUUGUAUCUGUUCAGAAGUAAACCCAACUGAAUUUCAUAGAAUUUACUCCCAGGGUAGUGUAUCUAGGACUGCGGACCUAAAGGUGGAUCAAUACUAGCAGGGCUUUUUGUGUGUGACAGUACUCACUGGUACAGAGCACUGGCACCUGUUUCUGGUGCUAUCCAUGGCAGCCAUUUUGUGCUGGCACCCACAGCACUGUUAUCAAGAUAUGAGUACCAACACCUCUUUUUUUUUUUAACCAAAACAGCACUGACUAUCAGUAUGUUUUAAACACAACUCUGGCUAACUGAGGAGAAGCCAUAGCUUAGUGACAGAGCACACGCUUUGCAUGCAGAAGGUACUAGCAUUACUUUCAGGCAUUACUGAGGAGGGAGGGAGCAGAAAAAGUCUUCUGCUCCUCUGAUUCGUAGAUGAAAAUCAUGUGCCUCAAACUGGGCUUCUGUGCAGCGCCUCGUGCUCUCUGGGUGUUUAGGAGGCGAUGAGGGAGUUGGUGGAGAGCAAGAGGGGGUGGAGAGGAGAAAAAGACUGCUUAAAAAUAGAUGAUGGUGGAGAAGAAUGGAGUGGAGGGAGAAAGGAGCUGGAGGGCAAGGACGUGGAUGAAGGAGGAGGAGGCAGCAGUGGAAUGGAGAUAAAGAACUGUGGAGCUGAGAAACAACAUGUGUGUGUGUGGUGUGUGUGAGAGAGAGAGAAAGGGGGGGAGAGAGAGAGUUAAUACUGUUUGCAGUUGGCAUGCGAAGCGGUCUCCGCUGCCCUCCCUAGCUACUUUGCUGCAUUUGCAGUGUUUUAACUUUUUUGCACCCCAGGGGAAAAUGUUUGCUUGGGUGGUUGUGCCUUACUUGGUGGCAGGGCAGGGUCUGGAACGUGGUUGAGUGACAGAGAUGACACCUGCUGGGUGAUAGUGUGUGUUUGUGUGGGAGGGUGCACUUUGUUUAAUGCACAAAAAUCUGAGCAGUGGCUCCUGCCUCCCUUUUCAGUGGAGAGAUCACCACUGCUAUUUUAUGGAUGAAAAGAGUCAUUCUGCUACCUCUCUCUCUGUGUUUAUUAUUAAUGUUGUUUUUGGCUACUGAGGUGUGGAGCAGCACCUUACAGGCAUUCUAGGUUUUUGUUAAAGUAACUUAGCUUUAAUUAUAGUGAUUACUUUUGAGUAACCGGAAAGUAAUCCCUUUCAGAACAAUUGUAAUUGUAAUGGUAAUUUAUUCCUUUUUGGGGCCAUGUACCAGUAAUUGCAAUUUAUUGCUUUUUAAAAGUAAUAUUUGGAGCUCUGUUCAUGGCAUGAUACUGGCACAGUAAUGUCACCUCACCAAAAAAGCAACCAUAAGCAUCACCACUAGGGUUGCCAGGUUCAUGGCCUGAGACUGACCCUGUAUCUUUGGGAGAAGAGAAAGUCAGCCAAGUGCAGAUGUUCUUGCAACAUGGUAAUGGGAAAAACCACAAGGUGGAAUUCUCCCUUCCCCCUGCACAACUUUUAAAGAUACAGAAGACCUCUUGGUUGACAGGAUAAUAAUUCUGAAUACACACUGUACCCUGAAGACAUGGCAUAAGAUUAUCAUUCUCCUGGAUAACAUGGACCAACUUCAGUAAAAUUAGGGACUGUUGUAUUGUCCAGACUGUGUGGGGCUGGUAGUGGUUGAAUUCUUAAUAAAGUUGGCAUAUUACACUCAACAUCCAAAUGAUAUAAACAUCGUGUGAAAUCUGUAUUUCUUAACAAUUUCAAGUUUGCCUGCACCACCAGGGACUACUAGCCACAACUCGCUUCAGAGGAGUGGGGAGCAAAUGUGACCCAUCGUUGGUCAAUAUGGCUAUCCCUGAUGUUGAUAAGUAUAAAGUUACUCAGUGUAGUCCCAAGUCUACUGCAGAAAGAUGAAAGACAACCCAAUCAAUGGUGCAUGGACAAUGAACAGUUUAUUAUCAAUAUGAACACAGAUAAUUGUGAUGCACUGAUGUACCGCUUUAAUAUUGUGAUAGCUCUGAGACCAGGGACUUGCUGCCUCACAGCUAGCAGCUUCCGCCCCCCUCAGGCAAUGCCACAAAUAAGGUUCUGUUGGCAAAGAGGUCUUCAUUUACAUUGCAGACUACCAGUAAAAUUACCUCGAAGUCAUCUAGUAAAAGCGAAUGGUUCACGUGUUUCCUUACCUACUAUAUACUAAAAAGAAAAAUGUCAUACAUUUAAAUAAGCAAAUACAAAAUACAAAAAAGGCUGACCAAAUCUGAUGUGCAUUGUCAGAUGAAAUUUUAAAAAAUCCAGAAAUUUAAAUUUUAAUAUUUUCUUUUUAAAGAUUUUAAGACUUUUCUCUCUCUCUCUUUUUUUUUAAAUGAAGCAAAUCCAAGGCAGCAGCAAGCUUCAAAGUCUGCUGAGUCUGCUAAUAAAAAGGAUUUAAGAACAAAAGACGGUGUGCCAGGUGUCCUCUUUCACCCUCUCACAUGAUCUUGGGAUGCUUAGAAACAAUCCAGUUGCCUUUUAUAUCCUUUGUGACUUCAGGAUGGUUCUGUGGACAUUAUGUUGUGCUGAUUCUACUCAACUCUUGCCUGAUGGCUGGGGGGAAAAAAAGGAGUAAACCAAAGCUUGUGAUUAAGGCUAUUAUGUAUCAGGGAUGGGGAACCUUUGACUCUCCAGAUGUUGCUGGACUACAACUCU